GCCUUUCUCUCUCCCCUCCCCCCUCCCUUCCCCAGCCUGAGGGGUCCUGAGGUGACAGCGCCUGGAAGCGCGACUGGAAGGGCCGGCGGAGGAGGAGAUUGUCACAGAGAGAAAAAAGAAAAAGUCAUCAGCUGAUUUACAGGAGAUAACAAAGUUGUUAACUGUACAGUCAGAGGAUGCCCUUGCUCAGUCACCGUUGUCCAAACUCAGAGGCUCAGAGUGCUGGAAGCUCCCCAAGGGGUGGACAAGAAGCCUAAGAAAUAAAGUCAUCUGUCUAGAUCACAAAAACAAAAAAGUUGUCCAUGGGCAUCCUGUCACUUCUAAGGCAUCACCUGAAAGGCAUCUCAGAGUUAUGUUGACGAAUGUUCUAUGGACGGAUUUAGGACGAAAAUUCAGAAAGACCCUACCUAGAAAUGAUGCUAAUUUAUGUGAUACCAGCAAGGUGCAAUCAGACUCAUUGCCUUCGACAUCUGUUGACAGCAUAGAGACAUGUCAAAAAUUAGACCCUCAUCACCAAAGCCUUAAUUUAUCUGAAAGGAUACCCAGAGUUAUAUUGACGGAUAUCCUGCGAACGGAGUUAGGAAGAAAAUACUUAAAGAUCUCACCUAUAACUGAGGCCAGUUUGAGUGGUACAGCCAACCUGAAGUCAGAGCAACUUUCUUCAUCAUCUGAUGGCAGCUUAGAGUCUUGUCAGAAUGUAAAUCAUCACAAGAGCUUUUUGUCUGAAAGAGGCUCAAAAGCAAGUAAGACAGAUAACAUUUCUGCAAAGCAGGCUCCAUGUGUGAAAGAAAAGCACAGAGCUUAUCGUGGCAUUUCUGAGACAUCUGAUACUCAGCCUAAAGACUUUAAACGUGGAAGUAAAGGUUGUGAUUAUCUGGAAAAGGGGACCAGAAACAAGAACACUUCAUACCUUUAUUCAGAGAUGGAGCACACCCCAAUUUCCAGGAAGAGAAAGAAAAGGGGUAGAAGUAAUUUACAUGAUUCUAAUAGUUCUAAAUCUUCUUUGGAUAUGUCAACAGAAUAUAUAAAAGAAGAAGAAAAUGACCCAACAGCCUCCAGUAAGCUUAAACAGUCAAGUGAAAACUGUCACCGUGACCCAGCACUUCCUGAAGGACUUACACCUGAACCUUUACAGAGUGAGGCCCCUAAUGUGUGCUCUGGAAGGGCCUCCUCAACCACCAGAAGCUCAGAGAGCCCUGUUUCCUACAAUGAGGUGGAGAGUUCUUCUCUGGCUGAGAAGGGUGAGGAGUUGACUGUGAAAGAGAAGCCUCUUGUAUGUGGAAAGAGUGAAGAUAGCCAGUUGUUGAUUUCAGCUGAACCAAUUGUUGUUUCCAGUGAUGAAGAAGGACCUGUUGAACAUAAAAACUCAGCAAUUCUGAAGUUACAGCCUAGUCAAGAUUAUGAGAUUGCAAAUGAAAAUCAGGGUACCUCUGAAGCAAAUUUGUCAGAACUACCACUGGGUGCCUGUGAGUCAGUACAGACAUCAUCUGAAGUAUGUCCCUACAAUCCUGAUAUGGAAGACAAUUCCUGUAUUAAACCUAAUAGUGAAAUGGAUCUGAAACUGGAUUUUGUAUUUAUUUCUGUAUAUAUUGGUAAAAUAAAAGGAGCUUCAAAAGGUUGUGCCACGUUCACAAAGAAGUAUAUUAAAAUCCCAUUUCAAGUGUCCAUGAAUGAGGUUUCGCUGUCAGUGGACACCACACAUUUAAAGAGAUUUGGGUUAUGGAAAAGCAAGGAUGCUGAUCACAGUAAGAGGAGCCAUGCUAUCAUUUUCCUCUGGGUUUCCUCAAAAUAUCUUCAAGAGAUUGAGACACAGUUAGAGAACCCCCUGUUAAGCCAGCAAUCAAAAGCCAGUGAAUUCAUUUUCCUCGAGUUAAACAGUUCAGUUUCACAAAAAGAAGAAUUGAAAUUGAAAGAUAUUAUGAUGGAAAUAAGUACGACCAAUGGAGAAUCAGAACUCUCUUAUCCAUUGUCUUGGGAUCAGGCAUUACCUUUGUUUCAGGAUCUCACUUCAAAAGAAAGCUCCUUUAUUCAUUAUUACUAUGAUUCCAUUUGCUCUGAUACAGAAAUGAAUAGGAAGUCACUGUCUCAGCCCUCAGAUUCAGAUGCCAUCAAGCCUACUUACACUUUCCUACAGAAACAAAGUAGUGGUUGCUACUCAUUUUCUAUUACUUCAAGUCCAGAUGAAGAGUGGCGGGAAGUCAGGAACACCAGACCUGUUCAGAAGUUGAUUGUUUAUCCUCCACCACCUACCAAGGGGGGCUUAGGAGUAACUAAUGAAGAUUUGGAGUGUUUAGAAGAAGGAGAAUUUCUUAAUGAUGUAAUCAUUGACUUUUACCUUAAGUAUCUUCUACUGGAGAAAGCUUCAGAUGAACUUGUUGAACGAAGUCACAUUUUUAGUAGUUUUUUCUAUAAAUGCUUGACAAGAAAGGAAAAUAAUUUAACAGAAGAUAAUCCAGAUCUCUCGAUGGCUCAGAGAAGACAUAAAAGAGUCAGAACAUGGACUCGUCACAUAAAUAUUUUUAAUAAAGACUACAUCUUUGUACCUGUAAAUGAGUCGUCUCAUUGGUAUCUCGCAGUCAUUUGUUUCCCAUGGUUAGAAGAAGCCGUGUAUGAAGAUUUUCCACAAACUGUGUCCCAGCAGUCCCAGGACCAGGAAUCUCAACAUGACAAUAAAACAACAGACAAUGAUCCACGAACCACUUCCACAGCAUCCACGAGUGCAGAGGAUUCCCAAAGUACCGAGAUGAAUGUGUCAGUACCAAAGAAAAUGUGUAAAAGGCCGUGUAUUCUCAUACUAGACUCCUUGAAAGCUGCUUCUAUACAAAACACAGUUCAGAAUUUACGAGAGUAUUUAGAGGUAGAGUGGGAAGUUAAACGGAAAACUCACCGUGAAUUCAGUAAAGCCAACAUGGUGGAUCUGUGCCCGAAAGUCCCAAAGCAGGACAAUAGCAGCGACUGCGGGGUCUAUCUACUGCAGUAUGUGGAAAGCUUCUUACAGGACCCCAUUGUUAACUUCGAACUCCCAAUUCACUUGGAGAAAUGGUUUCCUCGCCAUGUAAUAAAGACCAAGCGGGAAGAUAUCCGAGAGCUCAUUUUGAAACUUCAUUUACAGCAACAGAAGGGCAGCAGUAGUAGCUAAUCUGUGCAGACAUGGCGCAUGCUCUCUAAGCUUACUGGAAAGCCGCUUACCAGCAUUUGUGUCAGCUUACAGAGAAGAAAGUAACUUGCUGUAGUUCAUAUAUUGUUGAAAUGUAUAUGGUAUCUUGUUUGAGUCAUUGGGCUCUCACAGCUGAAGGUGUCAUAGAAGCACUUAUAAGACAGAAAUUAAAAUUUCAUAAAUAUAUUUUUAUGAUUAAAUAUGCUUGGAUUAUGCAAUAGCAUAUGUAAUGUGGGAAUGUUUUCGUAAGUAAUAAAACUCUGUGAUCUGUACUUCCACAUGACUGGGUGUUGAUGGGAGUUAGGUUCUCCCUGGUGCCAGCCCCAGCACUUGUCAGAUUUGUUGACAAGUCACAUCAUAUUGUAAUUCUAUUCUUUGCAGCUCAAGCAUGCAGUAUGAAUACUGUGUAUUUUUUUAAAAAAAGGACUUAGUAUCAAGGCUUCAGAAAAUGCCAUUCAAGGCAUCCCUUCUGUAUAGUGUGAAAAAAAUACCAUUAGAAAAAAAUUUACCCUUUCUAAGUGCAGCUUAUUAUUCUCAAUUGCUAAAUGGAAUUACUCUGCUCUAAUUCCCCUCCUCCAUUUCUUUCAGUGUCAUAUAUAGAGGUCUGAGAAAUGAGUUUAUUUGUUCAGAUAAAACGUGGAACAAAUUUUAUGUACCAAAUAAGUUAAAAAAAUUAUGUAGCUAAGCUUUGUUAAUUUGAGGUAUAGCUAUAUAAAUAUUCAUUCCUACAUUACCCCAGAAUGUGUGGACACUGUUUCUAUAAGGGAUAAAAUUGGUGUCCUCAUAAUUUUAAUAAAGAGAAUACCUUUAAACUUUUAUUUAUUAUUUAGAACCAAAUAUGUAAUUUUAUAGUUUGGUUGCCCACUAUUCAUCUGCAAAACCAGAUUUAUCAUUUCUUUUAUAUUUUUAAGUUAUAGUUUUUAAAGAUGUAUGAUCCCCCAGGGAUCUCAUACGUACAGCCCCUAAUAUUUUAUUAAAUGUUCAGGUAACAGUUCUAUUGAAUUUAUGUGAUGACGGUGGUAUUAUCUGUUAAUACACUAUCAGAAUACUUUGAGGGAGACGUGAUCAUACUGCUUUCUCAGAUAACGGACUUGAGAAUAUUACUUUAAACAUCUCUUGCUUUUAUGGUUUAUAGCUGUUAUGCUGUUAUAACAGUUACAAUGUAUGUAAAGCAUUCGAAACAAAGUCAAUUUAAGAUAAAACUAAGAAGUCUGAAGGUCUUAUUUCAAAAUCAAGUGACUUGGGAUUGUCAGUUAGCCUUAGUGUCCUCAGUUUCUAUUGAUCUUGUCUCUCUCGUACUGUUCAAAAUACAUGGCUUUUGGAGAUUUCACAUGAAAACACAUAUUUCAUUUUCAAUUUAUCUGUUUUGGGGAGAAGCUUUUUUUUUUAAAGUGGCUAUUAAUUGUUUUGUACAUCUAAUUUUGGAAAGCAAGUAUACAAGCUAUCUUGUAAUUUCUGAACUUCUUUGUGUGUUUUUCAAAGAUACCACUGUCCUUCAUCAUGUUUUGGAGACUGUUUAAAAUUUGUUUUCCUAAAUUCAUGUAGAAAUAAUGACUUGAGGAUGUCAGCAUUUUAUAUUAAACAUGUUUUCAAUUCAUUAAA